AUGCCUAAGAUUAUUACUGUUCUCUGCACCCUGGUAGCUGCCGCAGUGGCAACUAAUCCGACCAUAAGUUAUGGUGGAUCCUUCUAUAAUGAUUGUAGCAGCGUCAGCACCAGUGCCAGCGUCUACGAUGGAUCCUGCGUCAAUAUCGAAAAUUUCCCCCUCAAGUCCUUCAGUGCCUACAUUGCUUCUGGCACUUGUCCUGAUGGAACAUCUGCUGUGUUCAGCACUUAUACUGCCUCUGGUUGUGAUAACUCGACCUUGUAUGAGGCUGUCAGUGUGGACAGUGACAAGCAAUGCUUUGAGGCCGAUGUCACUUUGAUUAGCCUGAGUGCUGCUUGUGUCUAG